AUGCUCCCUCUGAAAAUCGGGAUAGGAAAUAUUUGGCUUAUAAACAUGGCAACCUCCGCAGCUCGAAUUCUCAAGAAGAAACAUUAUCGAGUUAAACACCAAAAAGUUAAAUUAUUUCGCGCCAAUGAUCCAAUGCUCAGUGUUUUCAUGUGGGGAAUAAAUCAUUCAAUUAACGAGCUGUCGCAUUGUCUCAUCCCCACACUCCUCCUGCCGGAUCACUUUCGUGCAAAUUCCAAAAUUAAAGUGGACAAUCAUCUUUUCAAUAAAGAAAAUAUGCCAUCACAUUUCAAAUUUAAGGAGUAUUGCCCUAUUGUAUUCAAAAACCUUCGUGAGCGUUUCGGGAUUGAUGAUUCAGACUUCAGAGAUUCACUAACACGUUCUGAGCCGAUCCAAAUGGAUUCAUCAGGAAAGUCGGGAGCGAAAUUUUAUCGCUCUUUUGAUAACAUCUACGUCAUUAAAUCAUUAACUUCAGAAGAGGUUGAGCGGAUGCAUUCAUUUUUGAAACAUUAUCAUCCAUAUGUUGUUGAAAAACAUGGAAGUACUCUCUUACCGAACUUCCUUGGAAUGUACAGAUUAACUGUCGAUGGAGUUCAGUAUUACUUUACAAUUAUGAGGAAUGUCUUCAGUUCACAUUUAAAGAUACACCAGAAAUUCGACCUUAAAGGUUCAACAGUCGAUAGAAGUUGUAAUGAAAACGAGUUAAAUAAGUCGUUACCAACAUUCAAAGACAAUGACUUCACAAGACAAGGUAUUAAGAUCUCAAUUGGACCAGCUGCAAAAGAAAAACUACACGAGACGCUCGCAUCAGAUGUUGAAUUUCUCACGAAACUCCAUUUAAUGGAUUAUUCAUUAUUGAUUGGCAUACACGAUAUUCAGGCUGAAGAUGCCGCAACUGAGUUAAGUGAUGCUCAUCACGACACUGAUGACAGUGAAUGUGAACGGGUAAUUUUAGCAUUUCUUAUCAGCAUGAGAUGGGAAAAUACUCCGCCAGAUUCUCCAAGACAAAUUGAAGUGCACACGAUAAAUCCAGACUCAGAUGUCUAUGCGAUACCAAGUAAAGAAGAAAAUAAAUUCAUCUACUUCAUUGCAAUAAUUGAUCCAUUAACAAACUACGGUUUCAAAAAACAGGCUGCAAAAGCCGCAAAAACAGUGAAAUACGGCAGCAAUGUUGAUGGUAUAAGCACGUGUGAUCCUGAACAGUAUGGAAAACGGUUCCUUGAGUUUAUCCUGGAUAGAGUUAUAGAUUCAGUACCCAUAGUAAAUAAAAUAUUUCUGUGGGAUUUAAAGUUAAAUAAGGUAAUAAUGGACGCUGAACUAUUACGACAACGAGAGUUGUUCAAGAAACGAGCAUUAGCAACACCAACUGUUGAAAAGAAACUUCGAGCUGAAAGUUCAUCGUCGUCUGCAACAUCAAGCAAGAAACCUUUAGCACCAUGGGAAUCAAAAACACCUACUCCAAAAGAGCCAAUGAGCUACAAAACAAUGACUGGAAGUUCACAAAAAAGAUUUGCUAUCCUUACAAAAAUUGUGAAUUACAUGAAAGAGCGACAUUUGAACGGAGAGGAACAUUCACUUUCAAUAGAAGAGAUUUUAGAUGAAACAAAUCAAUUAGACAUUGGAGGCUCCACAAAAACAGUAAUUUAUGAUGUUUUAUCAAUAAUGAAGUUUUGCGAGUUUUUUCUUUUGAUAUUUCAGUGGUUGCUAACAGAAGCACUUCCGAACAACCCAAAACUUGAUCAUUUGGAAGGUCGAUUUCAAUUUAAACCAAUGUAUAAAAUAAAAGAUGGUAAAAGUCUUUUACGACUUUUAAAACAACAUGAUCUGAAAGGCAUUGGAGGUGUUCUUCUUGAUGAUAUUCAAGAAUCGUUGCCUCACUGUGAAAAAGUAUUAAAACAUCGAGCACCUGAAAUAGUUUUCAUCACACGGCCUAUUGACAAGAAAAAGAUCUUAUUUUAUAACGAUAAGUCAGCAAAUUUCUCUGUUGAUGAAGAAUUUCAGAAGCUUUGGCGUUCAUCAACAGUUAAUGCCAUUGAUGAUGCCAAGAUAGAAGAAUAUCUUGAAAAACAGGGUAUUCGAUCAAUGCAAGAUCAUGGAAUCAGAAAGCCUAUGAUUCCGAAAAGAAAGAAACUAGCAAAUAAGAAGAGACAGUUUAAGAGGCCAAGAGAUAAUGAACAUUUAGCUGACAUUUUAGAAACAUAUGAAGUUGGAAUCGAAAUGAAGGCUGAAAAAUACGCGACAAUAGUUUCCUUCUUGGCUAUUUUCAUUAUCGUUAUUGGAUUGACAGCUCUUGUUGUCGGAUUUGCUAUUUUUGUGAAACCAAAAAAAUUCUAUCAAACUGAUCGUCUUGUUGUUUCAAAACAAGCUUGGGGUUACAAAUGUGAACACAACUUGUGUAAGAAAGUAGAGUUGACUGAAGCCAACAUCAAAACUGCUGUGAGUUUAUCAGUCUGUCGCAUUUAUUGCAAUGAAGAUAUUGGAACAGUUUGGCCGAAACCAACCGGCGAAGUCGUGAUUUCUAAUAAUGUUGUGAAAAUAAAUCCAGAAGAAAUCGUUUUUAAGACGAACAACUUCAAGAAAGAGCCAGCAUAUUGGGCAAUGGCUGAAGAACGUUUCAUGGGAAUGCAACAGAAGAAAACUCCAAAAAAUUAUGAUCCGAAGACAGGAGGGAAGGCAUUGAUCGUUGAUGUCGCUGUUGAAACUGAUGAUAUGAUUUUCAAUUUAGACACCAAAGAAAGUUACAAGUUAGAAAUCUCAGAAAAUCCAUCCGAAGGCGUUCAUGCAAUUAUUACAGCGCCCAACUUUUAUGGUGCAAGAAAUGCCCUCGAAACUUUAUCUCAACUUAUCGUUUACGACAACAUAAGAAAUGAGAUGUUGAUCGUGGGUGAAUUAAAAAUCAAUGACGAGCCUAAAUUUAAAUAUCGUGGAGUCCUUCUCGAUACAUCGCGCAAUUACUUCUCAGUCGAUGCUAUUAAGAGAACAAUUGAAGGAAUGGCGAUGGUGAAACUUAACACUUUCCAUUGGCACAUCACUGACUCGCAUAGCUUUCCCUUUGUGGUGAAAUCUCAACCAGAACUGUCGAGACUUGGAGCUUAUUCGCCUGAGAAAGUUUACACUUCAUCAGAUAUUGAAGACAUUGUUCGAUUUGCAAAAGCUCGCGGUGUUCGUGUUCUUCCUGAAUUUGAUGCACCAGCGCAUGUUGGCGAAGGUUGGCAAAAGAAAGAUUUAACGACAUGCUUCAAUUCACAACCAUGGAAAGAUUUUUGUGUCGAACCGCCAUGUGGUCAAUUAGAUCCAUCGAAAGAUGAAGUUUACAAUGUUCUCGAAGAUAUUUACCGUGAAAUGGUUGAAUCAUUCGCUUAUCCUGAUCUCUUCCACAUGGGUGGCGAUGAAGUUUCUGUCUCAUGUUGGAACUCAAGUGAAUCACUUCAAAAAUGGAUGUUAGAGAAAGGUUGGGGGCUGACUGAGAGUGACUUCAUGCAAUUGUGGGGACAUUUCCAAGAUAAUGCACUCGCAAGACUAGAUAAAGUGAAUUUCCAACAAGUCCCGAUUAUUUUGUGGACCAGUCGGUUGACUGAAGAGCCAUUUUUGACAAAAUAUCUCGACAAAAGUCGAUACAUCAUUCAGAUUUGGACAAAGGGUGAUGAUCCUAAAGUGACAACACUUCUUGAAAAUGGCUACAAAAUGAUUGUGUCGAAUUACGAUGCCUUGUAUCUUGAUUGUGGAUUUGAAGCGUGGGUGACUGAAGGUAAUAAUUGGUGUUCACCUUACAUUGGAUGGCAGAAAAUUUAUGACAAUAGAAUGGAAACUGUUGGUGGGCCUUAUGUUAAUCAAAUUUAUGGAGCUGAAGCAGCUUUAUGGAGUGAACAAGCAGAUGAACAUUCUUUAGAUUCUCGUCUGUGGCCACGACUUUCUGCACUUGCUGAAAGACUUUGGUCAAAUCCAAUGGGUUCAUGGCGUACUGCUGAAUCUAGAAUGCUUGUGAAUCGUUACCGUUUAGCCAACAUUGGUGGAAUUGGAGCUGAAGUUUUACAACCGCAAUGGUGCUUACAAAACGAAGGCGAAUGUCCAAUAUGAUUCUCGAAUAUCCAACAAGAUUUCUAACAUUAUGAGAUGUCUUUGAAUCUUAUGAUCUCAAUGAUCUUCAUGUUGAUAUUCAAUUAAUUAUAUUCUGCAUUUUUUUAUAACACUUUUUGAUUCGAUGCAAAUAAAAAAAGAAUAAAAAAGAUCAAAAAUUUUAUCUUUUCACA